AUGUUUGGUUUUCAAGCAAGAAACCGCCAAAAUGCGGCUGCUUCUCCAGCACCGACGUCCACCGAUCCAUCUUUGCCAAGCACAUCAUCAGCAGCAGCAGCGGUUGGAGAGAUUGACACCGCUGCACCCUUUGAAUCCGUUAGGGCCGCUGUCACCUUAUUUGUUGAAGCAUCCCCCAAAGUCGACAAACCUGUCAUCAAGAAACCAAGACCUAAUUUAGAGGAGAGUGUUUUAGGGAAGGAGGCACAGCUGCAUUGGAUCCACAAGGAGAUCGACAAGCAUAAAGAAUACGUCAAAACUGCAGAAGCAACAAAAGAGAAAGCGCUUCGGGAUCUGGACAAGGCUAAUAAGACGUUGCAGGAGCUAACCAACAAACUAGAAGCAGCAAGCGAAUCCAAACAUGCAUCAAUUCAGGAGACCGAAACUGCAAACAUCCGAGCCCAUGAACUUGAACAACUAAAAUCCACUGAAAACCAAGCAGAUGACGAAGCUAGGCAAGAAACAAUCAACAACGAAAGAAACCAGUAUAAAGUCGCUGCAAAUGAACUUAUUGCCACCAAGCAAGAACUUAACAACCUUAAACGGGAAUUUGAUAGUGCAUUAGAAGCAAAAUUGGCUGCCGUUCAACGAGCUGCUGAAGCUCAACAUGCUACACAAAUCAACCGAAAGAAAAUAAAACAGCUCUCAAAGGAUGUUGUUGACAUGAGUGUAACACUUGAACGCGUCAAAUUUGCUUCUGAUAAAGCCGAGGAAGACUACGCAAAUCUUAUGGAAGGAAAGGAAACGCUCUUGGAGUCCAAGAAGAACGCAAAGGAAGACACUGAUUUAAAGAUUCAAAACCUAAGAAAAGAAUCCGAGGAGGAUCCGGGGAAUAUAGAAAAAAGACUCGAAGAAACAACUGGAGCCAUUAACGUAUUAGAGGAGCAACUGAAGGAGGUACGUGCUGCAGAUAUGGAGCUUCUUAGUAAUGCAAAUUCAGAACUUGAUGAUGCAAAAAAGAGACUUGAUGAAACGAAGGAAGAAGAGACAUCUCUUAGAGAUUUGGUGGAGUCAUUGAAACACGAAGUUGAGGAUGUGAAGAGGGAUAUUGCUGUGUCACGGGAAGAAGAGAUAAAAAGAGAGCAAUUGCAAGGUGAAUUAGACAAAAUCGAACUUGAAGUCAAAGACGCCAUAACAGAGAAAACCAAAGCAACAAACGAGGUAGACGAAUUGGAAAUCAAAAUACGUGAAAUGUUGUUGGAAGCUGAAAAGGCGAGAAAGGAAGAAGAGGAAAUUAAGAGACAAGUGGAAAACCUUUGGAGGGAUGCUCAAUGGUCGGAGGUGGAGGUAAAAGAAGCUGAAUCGAAGCUGGAAGUUGCAGAAAGAGAGGUUGAAGAAGCAAAAGCAGCACAAGAGCUUGCGAAUGAUCAAAUACGCAAAAGGUCUUGUACGGAAGAGUUAACUGAUUCCAAGUCUGAUAACAUGAUCAUGUUAUCGAUUCAGGAUUUUGAAGCUUUGAAUAAAAAAUCUGAGGAAGCAAUAAUUGAGGCUGAUACAAAAGUGGAAACUAUUAUGGCUGAGGUGGAAACAAUCAAAGAAAAUGAGAGAGGAAUCCUUGAAAAGCUGGAGAAAAGCAAGGAAGAACAAAAGGAAAUCGAAGAACAAAUUAGUAAAGCUGAGAAAACAGCUGAGGUGGCUGAUGCAGCAAGGCAGACAGUCGAAACUGAGCUCAACAAGUGGAGAGAAGAAACCAAAGGAUCAUAAAUUUGACCCAAAAUCACUUAUAUAUAAAGAGUUGGAAUUAAUCUAGGAUUAGAAAAAUUAAACAAACUUCUUUUCCUUCGUUGAUUUUCUUGUAUCAUAUUUCAUCAUUUGUUCUAGUUAUUAAAUAGAAAAUGUUUCAUUAGCAUGGAUGUUGA